GUUCCUCGCCUUCUGUUCAUCACAUCGAAAGAUCGAUGGCGACUAAUACUGUAUGGGUGGGCAUUUUUGACGACUUCUUAAAGGAUGGCUUCACAGCACUGAAGUGGGCAAAAGAGGAAUUUGUUACCAAAUCACCACAGCUUAAGCUCCACGUUAUUCUCAUAAAAAAAGUGGAUGUCGCCCAAGCUCCGGUGAUACAGCAGCCAUUAACAGGAGUCUCAAUCACACGACUUUCUAACUGGCAAGAGAUUGUGGACAUGUUCUUCCCCAGGUUCCUCCCAGGCGGCCAGCAAGCGAGACAACGUUUUGAUGUUUUGUUUGGAGACUUUAAAAAAAACAUUGCCGGCGCGAUGUAUGAAGGACCGAACAUCCAGGACAGUCUGAAGUUCGCUAUGAAGCAAAUUAAGGACCUCGACACACUAAUCGUCGGGUGUGCAGCAGGAGCAAUCACGACAGAAAGGUCUAAACUGCCGACUGAGUUGGUGUUAUCAGCUGGAUGCAAGCAGAUCGUGCUGGUGGAAAAGAUUGUCAGCCCCCCCCCCCCCCCUAGGACUGCACAUCAAACAGCGCCCCCCGCGGGACGGGAAAGCGCGGCGCCCAGUGAUCCAUCAACAGCGGUGAUCUCAUUCAUGGUCGUAUGUAUAUGCGCGAGCAUGACAGGGACCAGGCCGGAUACUAAGUGCACCGUUAAGUUAUUCCAAGCCGAUGACCUGGAAUGAUUACCGUCAUUCUUUAUGGACCGAAUGACAGCCCAUUGCUAUAUAUAUAUCCUCUUGUGUCUCAUCAGUGUGAGCGCGACUCCAUCAGGUUGGGUGAUGCCUAUUCUCUGAGAGUCGAGUAUUGGAAUAAUCUGUGUGAGUGCCAACAUCAAGUUGACAGACACCAUGUAUGCGUGCUUUGUGACUGCUGCCACAUAUACCUACGUAUGGCAUGCCCUGUAUGUGUUGAUUUCCCUUAAUAAUUAUAAUUAUUGUGUGUACAGUACU